AUGGCUGAAACCAAACCCCAGGAAGAAAUUGUCCAAUACGACAUUAAGCCGCAUGCCCAACAGUCGGAAUUCGAGCACCAUGGCGAUCACCAUAUCACAGAGAAGGAGCAGAAGGCCAUCGACCAUCAACGCUCUGUUGCACUUUCGGCAGAUCUCGCGGAGCUGGGAGCCCAAUACUUCUUCAGCCCUCCCAUAGUAGGGACCGUCAUUUCUGUUGCAUCUUUUGUCUGCGGUAGCUAUUGGAUGUUCAUCGGUCCAGCAGCUGUGCUGGCUGACAUUGCUGCCGAUAUUGGAGGCACCGGAAAUGCCAGUCUUUUCUCGAUCGUAUGGAGCCUCUGCCAGCCCAUCAGCCUCCUUCUUUUCGGCCGUCUCUCUGAUCGCUUUGGCCGGCGCUAUUUCGUUCUCGGAGCAAACUUGUUGAGCGUGCUCGGAGGAAUUGUAGCGGCCACGGCACACAACAUGAAUCAGCUCAUCGGCGCCAACGUUCUGCUCGGACUAGGCUCGGGUGUCGCCGCGGCCUAUCCCCUCCUACUUGGCGAAAUCGUCCCAAACAAGUUCAAAUUCUGGGUGGUGAUGAUCAUGAAUGCCUUUGCUCUUCCGCUCGACUUCUCCGCAUACCUUUCUGUUCGACUGCUUCGUAUAGAAUCCUGGAGGUGGAUCUACUACAUUGGAAUCAUUAUAAAUGGUCUAUCCAUUUCUUGCUUCUUUCUCUUCUACCGUCCUCCAACGUUCACAAUGUUGCACAGCUCCGAACGCAAACGCAGAGAUGAGAUCAAACAUAUCGACUUUUUGGGGCUUUUCCUUCUCAUCGCUGGCCUUUGCCUCUUCCUUCUUGGAGUUGCGUGGGGUGGCCAGCCUCUACCAUGGCAAUCGCCGACCAUCUUGGGCCUCCUCAUUUCUGGAUUUGUGGGGAUUGUCCUCUUCAUUUUGUGGGAGAUGUUUUCAAAGGUUGAAUAUCCAAUCAUACCUUUACGCCUCUUCAAGGACCUCAGGGGUUUUACCUGCUGUGCCAUCCUGUCGGCCACCUCGGGCACCUCGUAUACCGCUCUUAACAUCGUUUGGCCUUCUGAAGUCAAUACUAUAUACGGAGCAGACUUGACCUGGCAAGAAUCUGGCUGGCUAGCGAAUAUCAUCAGUCUCAGCAACUUUGUCGGCAUCGUCAUACUAUCUCCGAUCACCACUUGGCAUGGAAAAGUAAAAUGGAAAGUACUUUUUGGAGCCUGCUGGAUGGCCGCUUUCAGCGGUGCGGUCUCGGUCCUCAAACCUGACAAUCUGAAAACUGCUAUUGCCUUGAUGAUUCUUACUCCCAUUACUACUGGAUGGCUCGAGUUAGCCUCCACAUUAAUGGUCCAAUACAUUGUACCAGACGAAGAUCUAGGUGUCGGAUUCGCCGUAGUAUGCGCUGCUCGAAAUGUCGCUGGAUCUAUCUUCACGGCUAUCUAUAUCGCCAUCCUGAGUAACAAGGCUGCUCAGAAAAUUCCAGAAUACGUCAUACCGGCAGCCCAGAACGCUGGCCUUCCGGCGAGUUCUAUUCCAGCCCUCUUAACAGCCUUGGGGGCGGGAACAGCAGAAGCCUUGCAGAGUGUGAAGGGGAUGAAUAAUGCUAUCCUUGCAGCCGUCACAUCUGCCACCGCGUAUGCUCAAGCCGCGGCGUACGCAUACGUCUACUACGCAGCCUUGGCCAUAGGACUGGUUGCAGUGCUUGCUGCAGUCUUCCUUGCCGACAUGGACCAGUACCUCACGGGCCAUGUCUCGCGAAAGGUCUAUCAUCGCAAGGAAAUUUCCAUUGAUAAGAAGCAACUCGAAACGGGUCAAUCCUAA